CUGGGAGAUGUAGUCGCGGCUUCGCCGGCGCCAAGCCAAGGCGGUGCCGAGCGGACCACACUUCCCGGCAGCCCCCGCGCCGUCUCCCCCUUCUAUGCCCUGCAGGAGUUAGCCGGGGCAGCCUUCCUCUCUCCGUCCGCCGUAGAACCUGACAUAAUAGUAUCUGGCCGGGCACCGCUUCACUUCUAAGGAGCGGCGACAGCGGCUGGCCGGACCACAUCCUGGCGGGGGAGACACACAACUCGGGAGACUCUGAGGGAGCGCGGUGCAUUCUGGGCGCUGUAGUUCUAUUAGGACAGAGCAGGCAGCGCGGGUGGAAGCUCCGGACUACGUUUCCCGACAGCGCCCGCGGCUCGCUUCAGCCAUUCUGAGGCAGCGGCGGUUCUUAAAACAAAAAAAAGAUAUGCACAAAGUUUUUGCCCGUACAAGGGUUCCGCUGGUCGCGGGAACCUUCAGUUGGACACGGCAAUCUCCUUCCAGAUGAAGACGACGGACGAGCUAGGAAGAAAAGCAAACCAAUUAAGGAGUAUCAACUCUUCCACCGGAAAAGAGGAUACUCCAGGGGUGGCGGCGACCUUCACCGGUUCGUUAAAAGUCCCACAGACCAGCCGGCCAGACAGGCCUCAGACAAGUCAGGAUGAGGCUGGGAUUGCAGGUUCUGCUUCUGGAAGCCGACCUCCUGUAAGGCGCCCAUCACAGGGCUUGGGCCACUUACCCAGGAGGCCAAGUAAGACACGGCGUCUUGGCUCGGAAUCUGCGGCUCCAUCAUCCCCACCCAGGCGACGACUUUCGGCAGUGUCACCCCAGCCACCACUGGCACUAUUGGCGAGUUCGCAGAGUGAUGAGCCCCGAUCCCCUCAGUUAUCUGAGCCCAGCUUGAUGGCCGACGUGGACCAGCAGGGACAAGACCAACAGGCAACCAUCACACUGCAACUUACACCUGUUGACCCAAGCCAGCCAAUACAGCUGCAGGAUAUCCCCCAAGCCUCCAUCAGUCCACAACUGGCACAAGCUCCGCCCCAACCCAAAUACCAGAUGACUUUUGGGCCAGUUGGACAAGCCAACAGGCCCAAAGCAAUGCCAGCCUGACCGCACAUACACAACACCUUGCCAGUCUGCCCCAUCAUCUACCGCGUAUUAGUCGCAACUCGGGCAGACUGAUUGUACAAGUAGGGCGAAUGGCAACCUCAAUGGAGCAAAUAAGGGCUGACAACAGCCAAAUGCUUGCUCAUUUAUCGCGCAUCAUAGAUGAGCAACAGCGCCAUCAGCAGGCACUCGUUCAGCUCAUUCAGCACAACCAAGUGGUGAAUGAGUCGUUUUCCAGGAUUGUAGCCAGCCACACUGCAACCAACACUCAGCUGAUUGCAAGCCUUAAUAAUUUGAGCAGCAAUAUUUCAUUGAUGGGAGCUCACCAAGUAACCUCCAGCUCGGGGACCACGACCCCUAUCCAAACGCCAGUAACCUCCCCUGUUCGGCGUUCCUCCAGAGCACGUGCCAGUGAGCCAGCACAAAGCUCAGCACCCAGCACACACAAGCGGAAAAAAUAACCCCAAUGUGAUUGGCAAAAUAAAAAUUUGUAUUUGACAAACACACAA